AUUUACUAAGGCUGGACGCGGCCUAAGUUCUCAGUGGCCCUUAAAACCCCCAACAAGAAAAUGGGAGAAAAUACUUUGAGUCCAUUUGUGUACUGGGCUCAAACUGACUCUACUGUGACACUCAGAAUUGAGCUGAGGAAUGUACAGGCUCCCAAUGUGAAUCUUCAGGAGCAGAACCUAAUAUUCUCAGCUGUUGGUCAUGGUGCUCAAGGGGAAAAGAAAUACGGAUUCAACCUCAGGCUUUUCAGAACAAUUGACCCAGAGAAAAGCAGAUACAGAAUACUUGACCGCUAUGUUGAGUUGAGUCUAACUAAGGCUCAGGUUGAAUUUUGGCCUCGACUCAUUGAAGAUACAAAGAAGCCUGCCUGGCUAAAAAUAGAUUUUGAUAAGUGGAUUCAUGAAGAGGAUUUGUCAGAUGAAGCAAGAGAUAUUGUGGAUGACUACCCAGGACUCUAUGAGCAAAUGCAGGCAGAGGAGCUUGGAUGGCCUACAAAAAGAGAGUCUCUGAAGAAAGUGUAUCUGUUCCUGUACAAUCUGUGGCAGUUUGUUGGCUUCAUAUAUGUUAUUUCUGUGAUGAGCACACGAUACCUCAGAGAUGGUCCAGAGUCCAUGGAGGGAACAUAUGAGGCUGUUGGAUGGAUGAUGCAUCUCUGCUUAAUGACACAGUUUCUUGAAGUGCUUCAUUCACUUACUGGAUAUACAAAAGGAUCUGUUUUUGAGGCUAUAGUUCAGGUAGGAGGACGAGGUAUAAUAUUUUUUUGCUUGAUUGAGGGAGAAGAAAGGAUGCAAACAAAGCCUGUCAUUUUCUACCUUUUCCUAGUGUGGUCACUUAUAGAAUUAGUGAGAUACCCAUACUACUUGUUGAGAGUAUAUGACGUGGAAUUAAGCUUCAUCACGUGGCUUCGCUAUACAAUAUGGAUUCCACUCUACCCUCUUGGUUUUAUUUUUGAAGGUGUUGUUAUUCUUCGGGACAUACCUUACUUUGACGAGACUGGAAAAUAUUCAGUUGCCCUGCCAAACAAAUGGAAUUUUGCUUUCCAUUUCCCGACACUUCUCAGGUGCUACCUACUUUUCUUUUUCUUCCCAGCAAUGUACAAGAUGAUGAACCACAUGUAUCAUCAACGUAUAAAGAAAUUAGGCCCCACGAGCUGGAAGAAGAAGUUUGCUUAGUUAGAUAAUGUCCAUAAGCUGGAAUAACAUUUCCUGUAAAGUGGGUAAACUGACAAAUACUUUGCAGCAAGGAAAUCCUUUUUCAAUGUUAUGAUUGUUUUAAUUUGUUACAACUUUCAGAUGCAUUUAUGAAGUAUUUAAUCUUAUUUUAUUGAUACUGUUUAUCACUGUCAAAAAUAAAAACAGGUGCUGUCUUUGGAAAUAAUUGCCUCGGUGGGAGACGGCCGACUUGUUAAAAAAAAAAAAAAAAUAAUAGUAAUGAUGACUUGACUAAUUAUCUAACUUGAAUGAGGAAAAGAACCGUGAAAAAUUGCUAAUAGUAGAUUU